CUGUUUCCAUGGUGACGCGGUGACUCGGUAGCACUGGCCGCGGCGAGCUGCAGCGUAGCACUGCUGCUCUGAGGAUGACUAGUUUGUACGAGUCCUCCGUUUUAAUAACCGGCCGUCGCACAUCUGACCUAUAAUUAGUUUCCUUAUGUUAAAACGGUCAUUGUAUGGCAGCUCCAACAUGAUGACUUUCCAGGUGAAUGCAUCGCUACCAACCGCAAAGGCUUUGAUAUCAGAGGGAAGCUCAAAUUGCAGCCAGCGCGGCCCUGACGCGGCUGCAUAUCCAACAUACAGGAACUUCAGGAUGGGGGCAGGUGGAGGACAAGCAGCGUUCAGACAAAAUGAUCAUAUGAGGAGGAAAUUCCCCGCGAUACAACCCUUUAGCAAGCCCAGGGACUGGAAAGACUUGGUUAGCGGCAUCGUAGUUGGAGGGUCACCUAUUUUAGCCAAAGAUGACAACCUGGAGUCACAGAACAACCUGGAGAGGGACAUGUGUGGGAGACACAUUGUGUUUGACAGGAAAUGUUUUGAGAGGACCAGGACUGUGAUUCCUCCUCUGCCAAGAGACUACCAUGUGCACAGACCUGGCAGCCUGCAUCCUCUCAGCCUCUCCAAGCAGCUUUCCCACAGCCAUGCUGGGCGGCCCUUCACCCUGGGCUACCCUGAAAGAUACGAACUGAAUACAAGUCCAGCGAUCCUCGUUCCCUCCGGUUUAGUCCUCAACGGCAGAAACACGUUAUCAGUGGAGAACUGCAAGCUCAGCAGGCCGAAGGUGAAUUAUCCGACCUACAAACUUCUGACUGUUAAAGACAAUCAACAGAGCCAGUCCUAUCCGGACCCGAUGCUCGGAGCCCCUCGCACCUAUAUCCACAGGAUAUCUGAGCUGUCCUCUUUGGAGAGUGAGACGGUGAGGCAAGAGAAGCUCAAGAAAAUGCGGAAAACUCGAAAACCUCCAUCCUGACAAUCACCCUCUUCCCUGUCACCCCGGUUAAGAAUCAAAACCCUUGAGUCCGUGCCAACGACGUCUGAGCAAAACAAAACAUCCUGGGCACCGUGUUCAUUUCAGUGGCUUGCUCUUACUGCUUGUUUCUCCUCAGUGAUAUUAGUUUCCUGCUUGACAUGGCUGAUCUUCACAUUUUGGGAUUCCUGACCUGAGCUCCUCUCCUUUAGUCAUUACAUGUAGUAUUUUACUGUGGUAAGUUGCAACAACAAUAAAUGCUGAUGAUGAAUAUUAUUCAAAACUUUCUAUCCUGACUCACAGCUGCCGGUAGUUUUCCACUCCACAUCUGCAUGAACAGAUAGUUAUUUUACCUCUCCAAUGGCUUGUGAUGGCUGUUAUGUAACACUGCCAUAUUAAUCACUACAACGUCCAUAUGUUACAGAUGCUGUCAAGCUCAGAUCUCAUUACAAAAGUGUUUCAAAUCGUUAUAUUCUCAUCAAGCUUUGUUAAGUAAGUUAAAUAUCUAUGUAUAUAUUAAAUAGUUUAGCAAAACCAUUAUUGUGCCUUGUAAAACGUCUUCCUGAAAUAAAAUAAAUUUAUUUUUGUUAUUGUUAA